AUGUAUGCCAGACCGAAGCCUGGUGAAACUGAAGAGGAUCUAUUAAAAUUACAAGAGGAAUUUGAAAGGAACAGAGCUGAAAAUAAAAUACAGCUAGCUGCAACUGUAGUCAGUAAUAAAAAAUCGGAAGAAAAAAGUUUAGUGGAAUGUAGCAAAGCUGAAGUUAGCGAAAUUGAUAUCAAGGAACAGUUGGCAAAUACAUUUGAAGCCAUUCCCAAUGAUACCCAACUCAAAAAUGUUGUUGAACAUAAAAAUCAGCCAAUACCAUCAAUUUUCAAAUUUAACAGGGAUAGGGGUUUUCCUCAAGCCAAGAGACGUGAAGAGACAGCUGUUGCUGGAAAGGGAAGUAUUUUUGCGCAACAAAUGAAAAAGCAAAAGAAAGGAGAAACAGCAAUGGAAGUUGAUAACACCCCAAUAACUGUAAGUAACCUUGUGAUUAAAGAGAGAAAUGAAACAAGCAGCUCUGGUAAUGAGAAUAUAGUUAAAAAUAAACCAGAAAAUCUUCCAACACAAAGUUAUUUGCUAACUGGAAAAGAUAGCGGACAAAUACAUGAAGAAAAUUUAAAUCUUUUGAAGUAUUUGUCGGAAAGUAGAAAAUAGUAGAGGAAAGGGAAAAACUUUUAUCGAUGAUGGAUCCCGCCAUCAUCCAAUACCUCAAAUCCCGUAGAAAGGAUGUUCCGGUUGAAACAAGAAAUUUGCCAAUAAGUGAACAGAAUAAAGCAGCGAACGAUUUUAAUUUUGAAGAAAUAGAAACCACAAGCGAAAUUUUAAACCAACCAGCAGCCGAAAAAUGGCUGAACUUUGAUAUUAUUGAAACAAAUAAGCUUGCUUGGAUGAAAAAUAUAGACAUUCCGAAACUUAAGGCUGAAAAAUUUGAAGCAAGAUUCGAUUCUGGAGGAUGGAUAUUGCCUUAUUCUCAAUCGGAGAUUACAGAAAAGGAUCGAAUGUUGUAUCAUCACGGAGAAGAACCGGGAAGACCAGGCUACACUUUACAAGAACUUAUUCAACUUUCUAGGUCUUCUAUCAUUCAACAACAAAUCUUUGCGUUAAACACAAUCGCAAAUAUUAUGUCUUUAUAUUCAACAGGAGUCUAUGACGAAAUAAUAGAUUUACCACUUGAACAAAUUUUCUUCAGUACGCGUUAUAGCAUGGAUGAAAAUACUGUACCUGUUCUGAAUGCUAGUAUUAAAGUUAUGAGAAAUUUGAUAUACUCACAUGUAGAUGAAACUUGUUUAGACAGUCUUCUGGGAUUUGGCCUGGGAUUCAUUCAGCCCAUUUUGACUGUGGAUUCUGAUAUGGAAGAUGAUACUACUGUUAAUGAUCAACAAUUGGUAGAAAAGGAUAUUAUUUUAUGCUUGGUUCGGACAAAUAUAUUGAUAAGGAUAAGAUACAUUAUAAACACAGUUAAACCUUCACUAGAGACCAUAACUUACUGCUUGGAAAUACUAAUACGACUUGCAAGGGGUUCAGAUUUUAUAGUGAACAGAAUCAUAGAAUGCGAUAGCCUUAUAGAAAGUAUUGUAACACAUUGCCUUCCGUUAGUUAUGACAAAAAAUGUGCCUACUUCUGGAAAUGGAUUUCCAAUUUUUCAAGCUGUUAAACUAUUAAGAAUAAUUUCAUGCAGAAGUAGAACACUAGCUUUAAACAUUAUUAACAAGCACAAAGUACUAGACUCUAUACUUAUGUAUCUUUCCAAUGAUUUUUUUUCUUCAGACAUCACUGGCAUAAGGUUACAGACAGAAUGCAUCCAUUUUUGGAGUGUUCUAGUGCAUUAUGGAUUAGCUAUGGACUAUUUUAGUGCUUUACAACCUGUUCUAUUAUCUUUUCUGGAUUACCAUUAUAAAAAUUCAGAUUUGGAAAUGAAAACGACCUAUAUUCGUUUGGGACAUGUAUCGGCCGUAUUAAUUUUAUUGACCAAUAUUAUAAAACAAAACUUUCCUUUGAUAAUACCAUUUAUGCCGAUAAUUAAUCGGUGUGUUCCAAAAUGGACUACACAGUUAUGUAACUUAACAGAGUACACGUGUGGAAAAUUACAAUUGGUAGCAUCUUUAAUAUCUUGUAUGACAGCUUUAAGACAGUAUCAACAAAUAGACGAGUUUGAUAAUCGUAUACUACAAAUAUUAAAUUCUCAAGGUUUUAGAAUGGUUACAGAUAAAAUUCAGAGUGGUUCUAUGUUAUUAAAUAAUUACGAUACACAUAAACCCAGCAAUAAUUUAAGGACAUUGGAAGUUGCAUCUUGGCAUACUAUGGACCAUGUAGUACCUUUAAUUCAAAGUAACAGUUGUAUUCCCUUUCUACAUGCUGUUUCAAUGUAUGUCAAUUGCACAGAUAAUCAGAAGGUCAAAGUAGUAUUUUUGACUCAUCCUAAUAUUCAAAAAUAUUUAGCGUCGCUAUCGAAGUUGGAUAAAUAUUACCUGACAAAUCAUUGGUUUGCGAGACCUGAAAGCAUAUUUUUAAUGAACAUUCUAAAAUCGGCAGUAGCAGUAAAAGAUGAUAUUGACACUUCAAUUUUUUACAACGUAGCUGUGAAAUGUCUAUGCGUCUUUAAUUCUGAACAAAAACCUGAAAUAAGGUUUAUACUAGCAAAUAUAAUCUUCUGUUCAAAGUUUUAUCCUAGUGAAGUACUUAUGGAACAUUUGGAUAUAAGCCAGAGAAGUUUAAGUCUGGAAAUUUCUUUGAAAAACUUGAAUGAGAUUCUGAAAGUGUAUACACAAAUUUUAGGAUUACAAAAUGAUGUACCGGAUUUUUCAACAUCGUAUUCUUUAGAUAUAAACAUUGGCAAUGUUAUUCCUAUAGACUGGAUAUAUACACCUAUUUUAGUUUUAUAUACAAAUCAACAACAAAAUAACGACAAAACCGAUGAAACCGAACAAGUUUUCAUUAUCAGAAACUGUUUGCGUUGGAUUUUAAUCUACGAAACGUAUUUUCCAUUUUUGGCUUCACGAAUUAAUCCCACCGAUAAAUUUUGUCGUUUAGCUUGCGUAUUUUUAGGUAGCGAUAGUUUGUUUUUAAUUAAGGAAAUACAUGACUUACUAGAACUUUGUUUUAAGAACGUCAUGAAGCGUGAAAAGGAUUUUAAUUUCAAUAAAAAAAUACAAGGUUUGAGUAACUUUCAAGAUUUUUAUGCCCAAUUACUAGAACAAUACCAGGGGGUUAGCUAUGGAGAUAUAUUAUUCGGAAAUAUAAUUAUUGUGCCUUUAGCUCAAAAACAUAGUAUUCAGUACAGAAAAACACUUUGGUCGGAAUAUAUGGGAGUUGUGCAAGUUUGCAAUGUUACUCCAGAUCAGUAUAUCGGUGAUAUUCAGUUAUUCCUUGAUCCUCCAGAGGUUCAGAAAUCCUUGCUCCAGUGCUAUAGAAGAGCUAUCAUUGGCAAGAUGGUGAGACCACAUUCAAUAUUGUACAGAAUAGCAAAUCAUCAUGUUGAAAACAUUUAUAAAAAGUAAAAAAUAA